GCUGAAGAGAAUUGGUCGUUGUGUUUUUGCGCUACUUUGCAGUUCAGUGAAAUUGUGAAUUUUCCAAAGGAAAAAUCAACAUAAAAAUUCCAAUCAAAUUGUGAGUUAAGUAAUAAGAAAUCAUAGAAAACAAAGUUAAUACAGGCUUGUUAAAAUUUAUGACGCGCGCGUCUAGUUAUCGCGUUUACAAAGUGAAAAAAUUAUACACAAAUAAGGAAGUGAAAAUUUAUCACCACCCCCAGUGAAAUAUCGUGAAAAACCGUGCUGCAAGAACGGGCAUUACGCAUAGUGAAAAAUCUUUGCAAGCCAAAAAAAUAUAAAGCAGUAAAAACAGAAAAUUGCGUAAAUACAAAAAAUUAAUUGUAAUUAGUAUUUGUUGCACGCCAAACUCCAAACAUUUAGUAAUUUGUCUGCACUAUUUUAUUGGGCAACAGCAGUAAAAGCGUCAAGACGCCGCCAACAGCGCCAGCCUCACCCCCAGCGGAGCAUACGUGCGUGAUGCGUGACCUCGGCACCAAAAUGGCCGAGCUGAAAUUCGAAGCUCCUUUAGCUAAAUUCGAGGAGACAGAUGAAUGGGGCGGUUGUGACUUCAUUUCAAAUCAGAAUACGAUCAACGAUACGCUCAAUCUGAAUCUAAAAGAUCCAGCUAUGAAGCAGGAGACAAAGAUACGCCUACUCGAGGAGGCUGUACGCGAUGCGCACGUGAGCAAGAAUGGUGUGCUCAUGACGAAUGGCACAAAUUGUGGCGAAAAGUUUGGCGGUGGGGCAGUGAGCCCCAAUUGCAAUUCCUUGCUAGCGGCUGAACUUGGCUUGGAUGUGGGUUUGACGCCAGGCGACGAUGGCUGCGAUAAGCGUUCCACCACUGGUGAUACCGUGGAUAAUUUCGCCGAGACAUUUGGUGGUAGUCUUGAGGAUUUAGUGAAUACAUUUGAUGAAAAGAUCACUAAGUGUUUUGGAAAUUUCGAGGAAAAUGUCGAGGAUUUGGCACCAGUACAAGUGCGCAGCCAAGAGGAGAUUAUGAAUGAAUGCCAAAUGUGGUGGACCAUCACUGGCAAUUUUGGCAACAUUCUUCCCAUCGAUUGGUCGAAAUCAUUUACACGUCAAAUGCAUAUGCCCACAUUAAAUUUGGGCCAAAAUCAGCUUGGUGCUGGCAAUGGUAGCCUAGGCAAUACGCUAGAUGCCAACACACCCGGCGAUGAGUUCACCAGUGAGGAUGAGGCUGUAGCCAAUGAUCUCGAUAUGCAUGCACUGAUAUUAAACGGGCUAAAUGCCGAGCAGGAGGCGCCGAUUAAAACGGUUGAAGAGGUAAUCAAGGAGAUUGAUGACAUCAUGGAUGAGGCUGAGAGCCCAUUGGAUGAGCCAGAAACAUGCGAAUCAGAGGUGAUAGAGAAGGCUAGAGAGGUGUUGGGCGCGCCACUAUAUGCGGAGAAAUUACAAUAUUUAUCGAUAACACAAUUGAAUGAGCUGUAUAUGGAAAUGGAAAUGCUCAUACAAGAACUCAGCGAAACUUUAAUCAACGAGUUGGCGCUACGCGAUGAGCUAGAAUAUGAGAAAGAGCUGAAAAAUUCCUUCAUUUCACUGCUUUUAGCGGUACAGAAUAAGCGACGACAGUAUCAUGUGGAGAAGAAGCGUGGAAAAUUACAAGGUCCGGAGCCAAAGUAUCUGACCACUGUCAUACCCUACCACAUGGAGAAUGGCACACCAAAUAAUCAGUCCUUGCAAGUGCUGAUCAAAAUCCUUAAAGCCAUCAAUGAGGAUAGUCCAACGGUACCCGCGCUGCUCACGGACUACAUACUCAAAGUACUCUGCCCCACAUAAAUGACAUAAGUGCGCACUGCAUUAGCUGGUCGUCGAGUUGUUAGGUGUUUUUAGUACAUUUAGCAGAAAAUUUCAAAAGUAAAGAAAAAGCAUACAAAAAAAUAAACUCACAUACGUUGGAAAAAGAGAAGUUAAUGUAAAUGAACAAUUUAUGUUUAGAAAAGUAUAUUUUUAAUUAAUCCAUACUUUUUUUUAUCUUUUAGUUAUAAUCUUAAGCAAAUGCGUUAAAGAAAUAACAAUUAAUGCAUAAAAUUAGCAGAUUUUAAUUAAAAAACUUAAAAAAAAUGAGUAUAUAUAUAUAUAUAUGUGUAUAGCAUGUAGAACAAUUAUUUUUUGCUGGCAUCAACGAGCGAAAAAAUAUAUCGAAGUGUAUGGCGAAUUUAGUGAUGUUAAGAGAAAAUAAUUUUUUUAUUUAAACCUUACUUUGGAGUGCUGCAAAAAGCAGGUGGCAUGCGUUUUUAGCGAUAAUCGGGAAUUGAAAAAGAAAAAUGGACGUCGGGUUUCUACACGAAAACUGUCAGUAGAAGGCAAACACAUACUUAAGAAAAUGAAAUUCUUUGAAAGACAGCGAUUAUUUAGUAACAAAUUGAAACAAAAUAUUAACAUUCUCACAGUCCCCUACUUCUAAAACGUGAAUGGUGUUCCCUAGCAAGUUAAAAGUAAUAUAAAUAAUAAUUUGAUCUAAACUGCCCUAAAAAAGAAAAUAAAAAAUUGUUGUAAAUUUAUUGUAAAAACGUGGCUUUUUGGUGUUAGUACAUACCUUAUAUUGGAAAAAAUUUUAGUCGAAACACUAAAAAUAAAAUAAUUUAAUUCAAAUAUCAGUUAAAAUAUUCAAUCAAUGUGUUAUUUAUCCAAAAAUCGCAAUUUUUUUUAAAAUAUCAUUUGUAAAAAUUUAAAUCAAAGUUUAUCUAAAACAAAGCAGUGCAGAUUUGAUAAAUUUUAUUUGAAAACAAUAUUAAAUGGGAGUUAUGAUCCACAAAAAGAAUUGAAAGUGCCGAUAUGCUACACUUUCCUUGAAACAAUAAUUUUACAAAUAAACACAAUAAUUAUAGAUAUAAAAAAUUUAAUUUUACAAAAAGCUGGACAAUUUUGUUUAAAUAAAAUGUAUUAAAAAUUAUAUUUUACGAAAACAUCGCAGAUUUGGUCAAUUUUAUUUGUCCAUAAAUUUAAUAAAGGUUACAAUUUGUAAACAUAAUUGAAAAAUUUAAAAAACCUUGUAAAACUAAAUUUGCUAAAAUUAAAAAAAAAAAUUCGUUGGAAGGAAUAAUGAACAAAAAAAAAAAUUAAGAAAAAUGCGGAUUAGGUAUAUUUCGUUAAAACAAAAUGUGGAAACUAUGUUUAAAAAAAUGCUGAUUUGCUAAAUUUUAUUGGAAAAAUAAUUUAAAUCUAGAAGAAAUAAGUACCAAUCUAAAGCGAAAAACACCUUGCGCAAAGAACGAUGCUGCGCAGACGGUAGAGCCCUCUUGCUUCUUAAAAAGUGCGGUCUCAGAUGUUUAAAGCGCAGCCUUGCAAAAGCUGGGCAGUUUAAGAGGAAGUAUUGUGAUGAAUUCACUUCGCCUUCCUCCAAGCAGCUGCGAGAGUGAUGAGGAUUCAGUGUGAUGUUUAGUCUCACCGUGUGAACUUCAGUUUCAAUACGCCCUCCAGAAUUGACAGUUACGGCUUUGUAAGCUUAUGAGAUCGUAGCACAUGUCCCCGUUUUCGACCAACGUUCACUGUGCUGACACGAGUCCCAACUAAACACGAGUAAUCCACAUUUAGUGAAAGGUAUUCCCUUUUUUCGGUGAGACCGAUUCGAGGGCGCCUUUUCUGGCCAGCUCCUCCGUCAUGCAUUGUGUUCUGGCCCUCACAAGUAUAAGUUUGACAGGGAAAUACUCAGACGUGACAGAAAGAGAGAUCAGGCAUUGCGAAUCCAAUGCUUUAAUUACUGCUAGUCAUUAAUUCAUCUCGGUAUUAAAUACAAAACCGUUGAAUUAAAAACGAACAGCAGUGCAAGGACUUUUGACACAUUUGAGGUUCCGUAAUUUGUUGCUUUCAAAUGAACUAAGAAAAUAGAAAUAAUUCAAAAAAUUUUAAAUUGCUCCAAAAAAACGCUAAAAUUCCACUGCUAUUUGACUGCAGCACGCACAUGUAAUCUAAAAGCGCUUCGAUAUUAUAUAUUUGCUCAUUAAUGUAUAUAAAAACAUAUAUAUAUUUUAUGUUAGUCUACGCUACACGUAGCUACAAACAUAAGUAUGUAUAGGUUGCUAGUUAUAAGUAUAUAUUUGUAUGUGAAUAUUUUAUGCAACUGUAAAAGCUUGAUCAGUAACUAAGUACAACACUGAUCACCCUUUUAGUGCCGCAAAAUAUAGCUUACAUCAUGUAUCUAUAGUUUUUUUAAAAAGCUAAAUGUAAUUGAAUGUAAUUUAUUAUUAUUUGUAAUGCUUAUUGGCAGUGUUUGCUUUUCAUGUAAGUCAGUAUGUAUUAAAAAAUAGAAGUAAAAAACAAUUAUUAUACAUACAUAUAAGUGUAUAGCGUAACGUGGAUGUUGAAGCAAAAAAAUGUGCACAGUGUACGGUAAAAAUAGGCAUGCGCUGCGCACUUUUUCUUAAUUAUAAGCUUUUUUAUUACAAGAUUUUAUUGGUUGUUGCUUAGUUGUUCAUCCAUAUACUGCCAAUUUUUAGUCAAAAAACAUUAUAGCGGAGGUUUUGAAAAACGUUUUAGAAUGUGUUUCGCUUUGCAAAAUUGAUUCCAUAUAACUUUAUGGCAUUGAAAUGCGUUUCCAUAAAUAAAGAAAUAAACAUUUUAGACAGUUAGAAAUAUGGCACCGCGUUUAUAAAAAAAUAGCUUUAACUCAGGCUCAAUUUACUAAUUAAAUUUUUGAACUUAAGCUCACUUCGUUAGUUGGAGGUGAGACCUAUUUUAAUUUUUUUCUCAUUUUGUUUAAUUGUUACCUUUUUAAACUCUAAAGAAUUUUACUUAUGGCGUUUUCGUUUCUACAGAAAAUGUUGCCUUUCAUUACCCAGUUCUUAGCGUUUAAAGGGCAAUGAAAAGGUAACAUUUUUCGGUAGAAACGAAAACUCCAUUAAUUUCUUACGGCCGCCGUGGUCGAGUGGUUAGAGGUGCGCGCUUCUACUCGGUAGGUCCAGGCCUCGAUCCCUGGUGCGAGCAAUAUAAAAAAAGUGUUUUUUUUCUAAUAGCGGUCGCCCCUCGGCAGGCAAUUCCAAAUCUCCGAGAGUAUUUCUGC